AUGGCCGAAGCGUUCGGCCAUGGCCAUCCGUUCGAUAUAAUGGAAGCCCUAGAAGAGGCGGAGCUCACAGGAACCGCCCAUCGGACUCAUUGCGCCACGGCCUGGGACCCCAACGCCUGGGAAUGGGACAGCCUUAUGCUGUUACCUCACCCCACCGGUACGAGCCUCCCCACAUCGACUACCGAGUCCUCCUACUUUCCGCUUGCACCGUCUAAUACCCAACCGCACCACGAGUCGCAGCAUGAAUCCCCGUUAGACUCCCAUUCGCAAGCAUUCCCUUCCCUGUUGGAAUCCGCUGCGCACGCCUUAUCCGCUAAGAACGCCGACGCGGAUCUUGCGAACCCCGCGGGGAUAUUUCCGCAGCUCGAUCUAGCCGUCAGUAGAGGCCUCGCGCUACUUACAGGCGAGGACGAGGGGUUAGAGGUAGGAGAAACGGCCGGGCUCGGCCCGAAGAGAAAGGAGCAGCCGCCAACCGCGGCGGAUUCCGAGUGCCCUAAUUUCAGAGCGGGUAGGGUGCCUUGCCAGUGCACGCAGGCCGACGCGCAGCUCGCCGUGAAGCGCCAGCGGUUCCACGGCCGCGGAGGGGCGUUCCCAGGCGCGCGCGCGUCGUCGGGGCGCAAGGGGGAUAAGGGCGCGCGGAAACGCGGAGCAGACGCGGAAGCGGCGGGGUCGCAGGCGACCGGGGGGUCGGGUAACCUUCGAUGCCAAGUGGACGGCUGUGAUGUGAUGCUGUCGACCCUGCGCGAGUAUCAUCAACGGCAUCGGGUGUGCGAGGCGCAUGCCAAGGCGGGAUCGGUGGUCCACGAGGCCAUUGUUCAGCGCUACUGCCAGCAAUGCGGCCGGUACGUUUCCCCGCCUCUACCUGCCCCCCCGCCCAUUCCACCUCCCCUCUCGCCGCCCAUUUUCGAUUCUCCUGUCUGCUUUCGCCACCGUGGCUUCAUUCCUAUCGCCACCGUCUCCCGCAGAUUCCAUCCUAUCGGCGAUUUCGACGAGGCUCGUCGCAGCUGCCGUCGCAAGCUGCAGCGACACAACAACCUGCGAAAGCACAAGGCGCUCAAGCCGCCCACCCCCGCCGCUUUCCCCCUCCCGCCGUCCCCGCCCAACACGACCGCGGACGAGGGCGCGUCGCCGGAGAAAAGCAGCAGUGGCGGAAGCGGAGGCGACGGCGUUGGCGGAGAAACCGGCGCGGCGUCGGGGGAGGCGGAGACUAAGCGGAACGUUGUUGCAGGGGCAUUAAGAGAGCGGGCGAGCGACGGGAUUGCCCUUGGCGGAGGAGGGGGAGGAAACUCGAGGGGGAUGGGGGUUCGGGAGGCGGGGGAAGAGGUGAAGCAGAAGCUGUCUUUGGUGGCGGACGGCGCGGUUUCGCCGCAUGGCGCUCGUAACGCGGACGUGUCCGCGUCUGCUUCUAUGCAUAGCGACUCUGGGGACAGCAAUGGCACCGGGGGCGCGAGGGGUGCGCUGGGGCAGGCCCGAGGGAAGGGGGACGGCGGAGCGCAGGAGGGGGGAGGAAUGGGGCAACGGCAUCAGGUGGAAGGCGAGUGGCGUAGCGGAGGAAGCGGUGGUGCUGCCGGACGCUUGUGUCACUCCCUCCCUUCUGUCGCUCCCUCUCCUGCUGCUGCUGACCCACCUGGUGCUGUUGCUACUGCGGCUGUUACUACGCGCACGGCUCCUGCCAACACACCACUGGCUCGUUUCGCACCGCCUCCUCCUUCCCCCGCGACUCCCCCCCUCGCUGGACCUCUUUCCUUCACACCCGUUCCCCCCUUCCCCGAUCCUCCCCCUCAAUCCACCCUCGACCCUGUGUGCCCCGCCCGCACACCUACGCCUGCGCCCCCUUCCGCCUUGCGCCAAACCUCCGCAGUUUCCCCCACACGUGCGCCGACGCCCCUGCUGUCGCUCCCAGUUCUGCGGGACCGUGCGGGGGCUCGCCGCGCUGAUGCUCCGGGUAAUACUGCUCCUGCUGCUGCUCCUCCUCCUCUCCCUCCUGCUGCCUCCGCCGCUGCUGCUGCUGUAGCUGUUGCCGGUGUUGGUGCUGGCAGCGACGUAAACGGUGCUUGUGGCAACGCGUCGUCCCUCGCGCCAAGUGCCGUCGCUCUGCACUUGCAGAACUCAUCACCGCCUCGCGUGGCCAGCGGUGUCGGCGGAUGUGAAGGAGGAGGCGGAGCAGGAGGAGGAACAGGAGAACGAGAAGGAAGGGAAGCAGCUAUUGCAGAGCAGGCAAAGCAGGCAGAGGGUGCUGUAAGGGCUGUGGCCGCUGUGACAAGACCAGGGAAGCGACCGGCCAGCACGCGCAUACCAGCAACAGCGGCUGUGCCAGCGGCAGAAGCAGGAGGGGUGCCUGUGAACGGCGCGGCGACAAACAGCAGGCAGCGGGCGCGCGGAGCGGAGGGGGAGAGGGAGUGCGGGGGAGACGGGGAGGGUGAGGGGUCGACGGGCGUGGUGGUGGGACAAGAAGCCGCAGGCGGAAGCUGCGCGGGUAGCGCGCGGGAGAGGGCUGCGGGGAAGCCGCGGAAGGAGGGGAGGGGUUCGGUGGCGGGGGGGAAAGAACACGGGGAAGUUGGAAAGGAAGGUUGCGCGGGGAUGGGGAGUGGGCCGAUGCAGGGGGUGGUAGGGCUGCCGGUUAGUGCCGCAGGUCCCCAGGGGCCUCAUAAAGGCAUGGCAUCAGCAGCAGUGCCGUCGGAAUCGCAAUCAGGGCCGAUGGAGGAAGCAGAGAGACAGCCACUGCAGCAGCAUCACCACCACCACCAGCACCAUCAGCAGCAGCAGCAGCAGCAGCAGCAGCAGGAGGCCGUCCCGUGUGCAGGGGCAGCAGGCGGCAGUGCAGUGCAGGGCACGAGUGAGUCGAACACAGGGAAGGAGGUCCAGUCAUCCGUUGUGAAGGGCGCGGGCGGAUUCACUGCCGACGAGAUGCUAUCUGGUGCAGGCGAUAUGAGCAUAAGCGCCCAAUCCGGCUCUCCUGCCCCUGCUCCUCCUACUGCCGCUGCUCCAUCUUCUCCCGCUGCUCCUCCUGCCUCUGUUGCUCCUUCUGCUCCUCCUACCGCUGCUGCGUGCGCUGCUCCCACGGCUGCGCCUGCAGGCUGCUGCAAGUCCGCACGUGACCGCUCUGCUCCCCUCCCCAUGCCCCUGCGCGCCUCCCCCUCCGUCUCUCCGCUCUCCUCUGAUGGGGACGCUGUGGGGAGGACGAAAGAGGGGAGGAGCGCGGAUGAGGCGUCGGGGGAGGAGAGUGAGGGGCGGAAAGAGGGGAGGUCGGAGGGAGGGCAGAGUCCCGGCGAGGAUGGGCGGUUGGCUUCAUGGAUGGAAGCCUGCUUGACUUGCGCAGAUGGCAGUGGGCGGAGUGCGGUUGAGAGGAAUCUGAAAGUGCUGGGAGGGGUGGUGGCGCACGGAUGCUGCUGUAGUGGGAAAGGUGGUGGUGAGGGGAAGAAGGUGGAGGAGGGAGGGAGCGGAAAAGAAGUGGGAGUGGAUGGCGUGAGGAGAGGUGGCAGAGAUAGCAGAUGUCGUGAGGGGGAGCCUUCCGAGCUGAUGCCACAGCAGCCGCAGCCGCAACAACAGAAGCAGCAGCGGCAGCAGGUACAGGUGCGAGGGCAGGGGAUGGAGAAGCAGGAGGAGUUGCAGAGUGGAGGGGAGGCGAAGGAAGGAUCAGUGCAGGGCGAGCAGAGGGAGGGGGUGGUGCAGCGCGAGGAGCGGCCGGGAGGAGUGAGAGCAGGGGAGGAGCAGCGCACGGGACGCAUCUCUCUGAAGCUCUACGACUGGAACCCAGGGGACUUCCCCCGCCACAUUCGCCACCAGAUUCUGGAAUGGCUAUCGAGCAUGCCAUCGGACUUGGAGGGGUACAUUCGCCCGGGCUGCACGCACCUCACUCUCUUCGCUCGCCUGCCUGACCAUGCGUGGACUCAGAUGGAGAAGCACCCUUCCCCAUUCCUCCACACACUGCUCCACCCCUCUCAACCACUCUCGCCCCACUUCUCGUGUUCCUCCUCCCCUUCGCCUCCCUCCCCCCUCGCGCCGCCCUCGCCUACUUGGUGGUCGGUGGGGUGCAUGGCAGUGCAGCUAGGGUCGCACACCGUGCAGCAGCGCCUGCUGGUGGACCAUGGAGUCAUCCGUGCCACCACACAGCUUUACCCCUCACCAUCCGCCCCUCUCCUCCAUCGCCCGCGGGGUCUCUUGGCACUUCCACUCUCCCCCGCGCCCUCCUGUUUGGUCCUGCGAGCGUCAAACCUGCCUGCUGCAGCAAGGUUGCUCUGCUCUCUCGCCGGACGUUACCUUGUUAACGCUGCCACCGACUCGCACACACAUGCAACACAAGCGCACCAUGGGGCCAUGCUUAGCCAUGCAGAUGAGAGGGGGAAGAUCCUGGACAAGGGACAGCUGGCGGGAGAGGAGGAGGAGGGGGAGGAGGAGGAGGAGGAGGAGGAGGAGGAGGAGGAGGAGGAGGAGGAGGAGGAGGAGGAGGAGGAGGAGGAGGAGGAGGAGGAGGAGGAGGAGGAGGAGGAGGAGGAGGAAGCGGAAGAGGAGGAGGAGGAGGAGGGAGCAGAGGAGAUUUCUUUGGUAGUUCCUCCUCUGAGCACGUGGGGCACGCUUCGUGUUGAGGUGGAAACGUCAGCUGGGUUGUCUCAGCCGCUGCCCCUGCUCGUGGCCCCUGCACCCAUCUGCACCGAACUGCACUCCCUUCUCUCGCCCUCCGCCUCGCCACCCUCCCUCCUCGGCCUUCCUCCCCAUGCAUCCCCUCCCUCGUCCACCCCUUCACAUGGAGCAGCAGCAGCAGCGGCAGCAGCAGCGGCAGUGUUCACUGACAUGUCUCGGCUUGCAGAGAUGCUCACAUGGGGUGGUGUGUGUCGCUGCCACGACUGUAAAUGCGGUCUUGGCUCAUGUACUACUGAUGUAACUGCCACCCCUGCUGCUGGCCCUGCUGCCGCCCCUGCCGCUUCUGCUGCUGACUCUGAGUUGCUUGUAGGAAGAAAUAGAGUGCCUUGUGGUGGGAGCAGGCAUGUGGGCAGUGCAAGGGAGAGCAGCCAUGCAGGGGAGGGGAAUGUGGAGGAAGGUGAUGAGGUGAUGAGGGAUGGGGCCAGUGAGAUGGAUACGGGGGAGCAGCAGGAGCAGGAGCAGCAGCGGGAGGAGGAGGAUCAGGAGCAGCAAAGGCAGGAGCAGGAGGAGGAGGCGGUGGUGAGUGAGUGGGUGGAGGACAUGGGAUGGGUGCUACGCAAGCUCACCCUGCCCUUGCAUCAAGCAUCCGCGGCCGUGAUGAAUGUGCAGCAUGAGGUGACUCGCAUGCACCGCCUGCUCUCCCAUGCGGUCACCCAAGGGCUGCUCGCAACGUCCUCUGCUCUGCUGCACUGGACUGCCCGCCUCGCCAUCAUUGCUGCUGCUGCCCAUGCCACUUCGCCGCCCUCCUCUGUGCCCCCUCCUGCUGCUGCUAAUGUCGCCGCCACAGCUUCCGGUGCUGGUGCUACCGCUGGUGCUGCUGGUGCUACAGUGGCUGCUGCUCGUGCGAGCAGGGAGGCAAUGGAGGGCGUUGUGAGGGCGGUGGGGUGGGAGGAAGCGAGUGGGUGGUCUCUGCUGCACGUGGCAGUGGCGCAGGGGAAUGAACCGCUGGUGGCCCUGCUGCUGAGGUUUGGCCGGGGAGACAUGGGCCGCCGCAGAGAGCACAGAACGACCAGCAGCACUGUUGAAGGCAUUGAGAGCAGCACUAGCGGUUCUGGAGGCUCAUUAUUCGCAGUUGGCGUGGAGCAAAUGCUGCUGCGUGUAACGUCCGACCCAACAGCAGCAGCAUCACAUGCACCACCGCCGCUCCACCACCGACCUUCCUCCACCUACUCCUCCUCCUCAUCCGUCCAGCCAUGCUCUAUCGCAACGAAUCCCCCCUGGUGGUCGCCAGUGGCAGCAGGGCCGGGAGGGGUGACGGCCCUGCACGUGGCUGCAUGCCUGGCGGCUCUGCCCCCGGCCAACUCGUGUGGGUGCGGGCAGCUGAGGCUCACUGACGCACAGAGGGCUGCGGCAACAAGGAUUGCUGCCCUGCUGCAGGCGUACCUUCACCCCCAUGAGGCUGUCUGGUGGGGCACAAACGCAUCUAUCUUCACCCAACAACCAGCAGCAGCCUCAUCGCACGGCGAAACGCCCUCCCGAUGUGGCUCCGCUGCAUCGCAUCUGCCCUUCUUGCAGCCUCAUCACUCUCCCACAGAAGAGUCAUCGGCACAGCACAAGGAAGAACCCAUGGGAGCAGCAGAGUCCAUGUGUAUGGUUCAGCACACAGCAGAGCAAGCUGCGCCCAAGCUCCUGUCUGCUAUGCCUCCUAGGGGUUGCUGUGGGCCUGCUAGAGACCAGGCAGCAGCAGCAGAGAGCGACAGUGGGGGUAUUCCCCAGGAAGGAACCGUUCAGCCGUGCUGCAGCAAAGGCCGCAGCAUCAGCAGCGAUGGAGAAGACUUAUUUCAAGUGGUCACAGCAGCACAAUUGGUACAGAAUACCUGUGCGGAAGCAGUGGCAAGUGCGGGGUGGAAGGAGAGAGCUUGUAAGAAGCGGAGGACAGAGAGAGGGGCAGGGCGAUGGGGCUUCCGGGGAGUGAGCAGGACAUUGCUGCCUGUGCUGGCAGUGGGUCUGGUGACGUGUGCGUCUCUCACCUUCUGCCAGGCACACUCAUUACCCUCCACUGCCUCUGCUGCGAGCACUGCUGGAGCAGCAGCAGUCACGCAUGUGCGGCAAUGUCUCUCUGCCCGUGAUGUCCUGCUUGUCAUGAGCUGCUUCGUUUGUUCUUUGCUGCAGCAGCAGUCCGAGAUUAUCGUUAUGGUGGCUGCACUCAUGGUCGUCUCCCUCUCUCAUCUAGUGUUUUGA